AUGAGUAGCAAGACCGAACCUCGUCCCUGUCGGCGAUGCAAGACGCCCACUGUCCUGACAGUAAGGAAGGAUCCCUUGUGCGAGACUUGCUAUGAGCAACACAUCGCCCAGCGGGUCAUCAAGCGCCUCGCUCAGCCAUACAAAGAUAUCAAGGAAAAUAUAGCCAGCACACCCGACGCGAAGGCAAAGUAUCUCCUCGGGCUCUCCUUCGGCGUCUCGUCGGCUUCACUGGUCCAGGUUCUCGAUAGGAAUCUGCAGGGUCUCAAGGACAAGAACCUACGUGUCGCGUACGAGGUGCACGUCGUCCAUAUUGAUACCGACCUCUUGGGGAAUACGCCCACGUCCUCGACCGAAGCCUCAGGGGCAAGCCAAGUACUAGAAAAGUACAAGGAGCAGUUCCCUAACAUGUCGAUGCAGACCGUGCCGCUGAGCGACGCCCUUGCGCUCGACACGAUAGACUGGUCCGUUCUGCCUGCGCUGCAGACGGACCUGGCCCCCGCACUGCAGCUCAAGCGUCUUCUCGAGGCCCUUCCCUCCGUCACGUCGCGGGUAGAUAUCUCGAGGCUUCUGGUGCGACAUCUUCUUUUGUCGUUGGCGCUGAACAGCGGGUGCCACGCGUUGAUGCUGGGGUGCACCACGACCGCCCUCGCCGAGCUGACGCUCGCGGAGACGGCCAAGGGACGUGGGUUUGCGGUGCCGUGGCAAGUCAGCGAUGGUCCCGUCCCUGUUACGACGUUCUCGAGGCAGAGCACGGAGGGUGAGGUUGCUGAGGCCAAGGAGACGUCGACGAUUCCGGUUUAUUAUCUUCUCCGAGACGUCUUCCGGCGGGAGGUCAUCACGUAUGCUGGCUUGACCAAGCCGCCUAUCAAGGAUCUCGUCCAAGAUGCCGGGCCGGCCAGCAGCACCAUUGUUUCGCACAAGGAGCUUAGCAUCGAGGAUGUCAUGGCACGUUAUUUUGAAGAGGUAGAGGAAAGCUAUCCGUCCGUCGUCGCCAAUGUGGUACGCACGAGCGGCAAGCUUACGCGUGAGAACGACGGCGACGCAUGUGCUGUCUGUGGCAUGGACAUGGAUGCACAGGGAGAUGCCAGGUGGAAAGGCGAGAUUGGAGAGGACCCCGAUGACGACAGGAGAAAGCAGACUGCAGGACGUCUAUGUUACGGGUGUGAACGGUCUAUAUAUGGAUAG